GAAAUUGAUACACAGAGAUAAACAGAAGAUUCAGUCAGAGAUAAAAUCAGAAAUGGGUCUUGGGAAGGGACAGAAGCUGUGGAGAAGGCUUUCCCCUGGGUGGAGGAGUGGCUCAUGGGGUGGGUGGGGGAGGGAAGGAGAGAGGAGAGGAAAGGAGAAAGCCCACGUGCUAUGGGGGUGGUGGGAAACAAUGAAGCCUUUGGCGAUUAUGCCAUAUCCACCCCCCAGCUUCCCAGCGUGUUCCCUGCCGGGUUGGGGCAGCUAUGGGGGUGGGGGGGUGAAUGGGCCCCUUGUCUUUGUGCUGGGCUCAGGCCAGGCUCCUAGGGCACACAGAGCCUGUGCCAGGCUUGGCAGAGAGCCUCAGCUUCUCCCCCUCCCCUCCCCCAAUCCCAACCGUGUUCAGACCCCUUGCUCCCUGUUUCUACCAGUUGCCAGCCUUAGCCACUGUCCCAGGACCUGCCCCCUUGAGGAAUUGCCCCUGGCCUCAGACUGUCGGGAGGGGAGAUACUAUCUAUUUAAGGGGAAAGGGGUGCCUAGGUUUCCAAGGGUUUUUGGACACAGCCAAGGGCCAGAAAGCCAAACAACAGGGUCCUGAGGUGGGAGCAGGGAUGAUUCAGGGGCUAGAGAGCAAGUGAUUCAUCUGAGCUCUGGGAGAGGAGUUGGGGGAAGGGGACAAAUACUUGAGUCCUAGGAGGCUAAGAGUUAGCAGGUCUCAUUGGUUUGAAUCUAGAUUUAAGUCCUGCAGUCAAUUUUUCCACCUAGCCCCAGAACUAGUUUUGAGAAAUAGGGUAGAGAUUGAAAAGGGGACACAAGGGAAAGUAGAGUAGGAUAUGGGGGACAAAGGACCAGGAACUAGGGACAAAGAUAAGUAUCAAGUGUAACAACUGGGAGUAGAGACAAGAAGGGAGACCUAAGAGAUGGGACAACUGGGUCCCAGAAGGAAUCAAGGACUAGAAGUGAGGAGUCAAGGUUAGAGGCCAGGGUUCCAGGCAGGUUCUCACAAUGGGCUUAGAACUCCCCCAUCUUGUGGGUUCUAAGGCAUCCCUCCCCCUACCUAGUCACUCUGACUCCUCUCCCUGUGGGGGGGGGGGAGAAAGGGAAAAAGAGGUGGGGGAAGGGUUACACUCUGAAUUUCCCUAUUUCUUUUCCUAUUGGUGUACCUCUUCACCUUUCUAACUUUUCUGGUCCCGACUAGGGCUCUGACUAGUGCCAGUGUCCUUGCCCCAUACCAGCUGCUGGCUCUGUUAUCCCCCCUUCUUCUGGGUCCUAGGCUGAAGAGGGUUGGACAUGUGUUUGUCCUGGCUAUAUCGUCUUUGGGAGAAGUUUAGGUGCCUGUUCCUCCCUUGGACAAGAUCUGCUAUCCAGCUUUCUACCCUGACGAUCCCUGACUCCAAAGGAAAAGUGUUAAAACAGAUGGGAGAGGCAAAGAGGAUGGUAAAGGAGGAUGUGAGGGACCAGUCAAGAACUCUGCUUCAAAUGCCCCAGACAGCUAUGUAUAAUGUCACCGGUUUAAUGGAAUCCUUCCUGCAUUUUGGCAGGAAGUUUGGGAUGGGAAAGACUACUACUUCACGGCCUUCUUCACUGGGGCUUCCACACCAUGUAGAUUCAAAAGAGUCAGAGAUGCUGAGGGAUCUCUAUGCUGUGCUUUGGACAAUGAGGGAGCAGAUCCAGGAGCUAGUCCGACGGCAGGAGAGACGGAAGCAGCGGCAUUCCCGACUCCCUGCCUGUACCUCUUCAGCUCGAGGUUCAAAACAGGAUGCCCGUAGUCCCCUCUAGAGGACCCCAGACCAUCAGACAGCCCCCUCUCCUCUCAUGCGGACCCCCAGCUCCGGAGAAUGGGAGGCUUGACAGACCCCUGGUUGGAGGAUCAUGGCAGCAGGCAGGUUGGAGUGUGUGCAGAGUUCUUUGAUUUCCUCUGGUGAAGAAGUCCAGGACGGGUUCUGGAGUCCCUCAGACCCCUUGGGAUGACAGAAGGGUGGUGCUUCACAGUGUUUAUUCAAAUUAAGCAGUGUCCUGAAUUAAAUGAGAGA